AACCAUCGCUGUGUUAUAACUGAUUCCCGCAGGCUGUAGCGGAGUUAAUAAUGCGUGGAAGUUAUGGUUUGUCAGUAUCAGCCCGUCACACCUGAAUGAGCACAUUCAUGGCUGAAGCCAAGUACACAACAUAGGGAAGAGUUAAGGGAAUAAGGGAGGCAGAGUGGCGGCAGUCAUGGGGGAUCAAGAGUCAGGCUCAGGUGGGAGCUGGCUGAAAAGCUAACAUAGGCCGACAAGGGCUGACUGCUGCCAACGGUGUGGAACCCAACACCAAAACUAGGGCUACAGACGCUGGCCUGUCACUGAACAAUGACCAACAAUCGGCUUGAUGUGUCAGCGCCCUUAUUCAGUGGAUUUGUAUUCUCUGCCUAGUCCUGUUUCAGGUGAACACUUCACACCUAUUGUAAUAUUAUAAUUAUCUAUAUUUUCUUUAUAUAUUUUGGCAUUAAUUUAUUUCAGCAUUGAUUUGUUACUGUGCUACUUUCUUUUAUGAUAAUGAGGGAGGCUGUCAUGCAACUAUAGGCCUAGGUCAUGGUGUCUCUUAGCUCUCAUUGGCUGAUCAAUGUCAGGGUUAAAAGUUCAGAGUCAACCCAUCUAACUGUUCUGCUGCAGGUUACUGUGACUCACAGAGAGAUUAAAAGGGAGGGACACCAGGUUCCCGAUAGUGUUAAAUGUGGGAAUUUAUGUUUGGAGAAAACUGCUUGGAACUGUUUAUGUAACUGCUACAAAAAUGAUACUGUUAGUUGUUCCUCAAUCUAGAUUGGUGUUGAGUUGGAGCUAUCGGCCAUAGAGAUGUCUGCCUUCUCUUGAUCAUAAUGGAACUAGAGGGCACCGGGCUUGUGGUGUAUAAAGUGCCAAAAAAAUACAUUUGAAAAAAUCACCUGCAAUGUGUCUUUCCAAAAAUCUUGGCCUAAUUAUUCUAGAUAAUCCACAGACCUUUUUGUGUGUAGUUUCAUAUAGGAAUGAUUUACUUUCUACCGUACUAAACCUACCAACCAAAUUAUAGCAAAGAAGGAAGUUUGCAUCUGCUGCUACCUCAUCUAGCACCUUUGAGCUAGCUAAUGUUACGGCUCAGCUGAGGAGGACGCCAUUAAUGUUUAGGCCUACAUGUCAUGGUGUCACAAACAGUAGCCGUUUGUCCAUGAGCAGACGCAUGCUGACAUUUGAUGACAGCCCCCUAUAUUAAACGCAAGUACAAAAUUCACCUCUCAUAGACAAAACAGUUGUCUUUUUCUAGACAUGUUUUCCCACCAAAUUCAACCAGCUAACGUCACAAGCAUUAGCCUAUGAUAUUUUGCCUUGCAUAAAUUAGCCAUAGUGGCUAGUGAUGUUUUCCUCUACUGAUAUAAAGCUAGGGAAAACAACAUUUAAAAAAAAAAAAUAACGUUAUAAAAUUUGCCUCCAUUAUAACUUACAUGGUUCACUGACAAACAUACAAGACACAUUUUCCCACAUAUUGGGCCUACAACAUGCUAACGUUUUUUAGUAAUCCUAUGACAUUUCGUGUUGCUUAUAUUCGCCUCUACUCUACUCAUAUGAAACCUGGAUAAAUCACACACAAGACUUAAAAUGCUAUUUUGUGGGGGCUUUAUUAUCUUCACAGGUCAUUGUUUGUUUUCUGUGAAAUAAUAAAAGCUUUGUUUGUACAGAGGGAAGUGGUUUUCAGUUCACAAAAAUGUACAGGAUGUCUGGGUUGCUGAAAUGUGUGGUUACAAUUAUAGGGAGGUGCACAUCAGACUACAGUGUAGGGUAUGUGUCUACACAGAGCUUGUAACCAUUGGUAUGGCAUUGGUUCAUUGCAGAAGUAUAAAUCCCACUGUAGUCACUAUAAGUGGAUGUUACAAGAUUGCCUAUUUUGAAGGUAAACAAAUGAAAUACUUUGUCAAUGAACAUUUUGCUGAGCAUUAUGUGUCCCUUAAAAAUGUAUUUGCUGUUUCAUAUUAAACACAUUUUCCAGGAGACAGGGCUGCUGCAUGGCCAAUAAGAGCCAAUUCAUAGUUUAUGGGUGUCCACCAGGCUCUGUUUUGGUCUACGUGAUGUAAAUGUUGUCAUCCAACCAUGUCUGGAAGGGUCUGCAGACCAAAUCAGGCAACUUUGUGAGAGCAUGUGUCGUCAGAAGACGCCUUUCUUUCACUCCUGGUUCCGGUUCCUGCUGCUGUUUUGCCUGAUCUUCGUCUUGUGCUACUCUCAGUCCAGCAGCUCUCGAUCAUGGUGGGAGAACUUUCCACUCCAUAUGCACUACCAGAGGUUUCUCAAUCGAACCAAUCAAGUCAAUCUACCUCCGGCUUAUCGUGUCCAUCCAAAACACAGAAUUAAACCAACUGAAAUCUAUGAAACCACAGCAAGCACUACUGUACUAUCUACUGUGCCUCCAACAGGUACUCAGUUCCAUCACGCCUACCCACGCAACUACCACUUUAAUAUGGAUAACCCAGAUGUGUGCAAGACCAAGACCCCUUUCCUGGUCUUGAUGGUUCCAGUGGCACCCAAAAACGUGGCAGCACGGGAUGCCAUCCGGCAGACAUGGGGCAAAGAGAGCCUGGUGCAGGGCGAGGUGGUGCUUACUCUGUUCAUGCUGGGCCUCUCAGGAGGAGCUGAUGUGGAGCAGGUGCAGGAGAAGCUCAAACAGGAGAAUCUACAGCACCACGACUUGAUCCAGAGCAACUUCAUGGACACUUACCUCAAUCUGACCACCAAAACCAUGGUGAUCAUGGACUGGCUGGCCACACGCUGCCCUACAGCAGCAUACGCCAUGAAGAUUGACUCUGACAUGUUCCUUAAUAUUGACAAUUUAGUAAUGAUGCUGCAGAAGCCAGGCAUCCCCAAGCUUAACUACCUGACUGGGAUGCUUAUGUGGAAUAGGCCAGUUGUCCGUUCAAAAAACUCUAAGUGGUACGUCCCCGAGGAGAUGUACCCAGAACCUCAAUAUCCAACCUACACUCUGGGCAUGGGAUACAUCUUCUCCAACGAUCUUCCUGAAAAAUUUGUGGAGGCCUCAAAAUCUGUGAAACCAUUUAACAUAGAGGACGCUUACAUUGGAAUGUGCAUGAAACAGCUAGGUCUUGCACCCACAUCACCGCCAAAUCCCUCCCAGUUCAAGGCCUAUAACACAAGAUAUAAUCGCUGCGAAUUCUCCAAGGUCAUCACCUACAUUCUUGGGUCUUCACAAGAGCUGUUGAAAUACUGGACAGAUUUGAAGAAGCCUGAACCACCAUGUUAGGACAAAGACUAUUCCUGAUGCACUGAUAAAAUCACCUGGGUUGAAGGGAUUGGGUGCCAAGGAAUGGGCGGGUUCAUUUAUUUAUAGAUUUUUAUUGUACUGUUGUGAGAAAUUGGAACACCACUGUGGAAAAGUUGCAAAGGUUUAUGAACUGCACUACAGACACUGGACUGGUGUGUAUUUAAAACUAUUUUGUUGGCUUGCCAACAAUAAAAUAUGUGAAGGUAAAGUUUAUUUUACAACACCACUAGCUGCUGAUCACUAAAGGUGUUGUAGAGCGAUGUUUUGAUAAGCAGGUCAUGUAUAGUUUGUAUACCAUUUGUACCUGUAUAUUUACAAAAGCAGACACACAUGCCUCAAGCACGGCACAUUUGUGCAAACAGCAGGGAUUAGUAAAAUCACUUGGAUCUAAUGGAACAAACGCAGCUUUUCCAAAAAAAACGUCUAUGCAACUAUUAAGAGGUACGAAAAGCUGUCAGAAUGUUUCCUAUACAUUCAGGCGAAUUUGGGAAAGGAUUUUGAACUCAGUUGUGAACACUCCUCAGGGUAUUUUUUUUAAGUGACAAAUCAAGCAAACCAUUCACCACUGUCAGAAAGGUGUACAAGUUAUUUCAUUGUUUACAUUGCAGAUUUAUAUAAGUUUUAGAAGAAGCCAAACUACUAAAAAAUAAUAAUAAUUUGUGCAAUAUGUCACAAAAUCCUUUAGUAAAGACGCUGCACUUUUUA